AUGGACUUCAAGGAGGGCGAUUGGCAUUGCAGCCAGUGCGGCGACCACCAGUUCGCGCGCAACGCGACAUGCCGCAAGUGCGGCGCGCCACGCGAUGGUGGUGGAAGAGGCGGCAGAAUGAUGCAAGCGGUGCCGCCGCCUGCAGCUCGUGGGGGAUGUGGGGGCGACUACAAGCAGGGUGACUGGACCUGCUCGGACUGUGGCGACCACCAGUUUGCCCGCAAUGCCUCCUGCAGGAAGUGCGGCGCACCACGUCCAGAUGCAGGUGGCUUCGGUGGUAUGGCUGGGUUGGGUGGCAUGCCCGCGAUCGGCCAGAGCCAGGGAUACAAGGCUGGCGGGAUCGUGGGUCUUGCAGAUGUUCCUGGGGCAGCGGGCAUUCACCCUCAAUACCUGGAGCAAGCGGCUAACAUGCUGGGCGUAUCGAUUUCUCCUCGUGGCUCUGUUGCCUCCUCGCUUCCUGGCGGAGCAGCCCUCGGUGCAGGGUUUAAGCCGGGCGACUGGAACUGUCCAAGCUGCGGUGACCAUCAGUUCGGGCGGAACGAAACUUGCCGCAAGUGUGGAACUCCAAAGCCUGGAGAUGUUAGUGCAUCACAGCACCUAGCAGCUUUGUCGCAGAGUGCUCCGCUGGGAGGCAGAGAUAACAGCCAGGACUUCAAGCCUGGCGAUUGGAAGUGUCCUCGCUGCGGUGAUCACCAGUUCGAGCGCAACGCUGCUUGUCGAAAGUGUGGUGAGCCCAAACCGGCGCAGUCUGGGGGUGCACCGCAAGUCUAUGGCAUUGCCGGAUCGCUGCUGGCUGACAUUCAAGCCCGUGCCGUUGCCGGUGGGCCUCCAAUGAGUGGCGGUUUCAAGCCUGGCGACUGGACUUGUGCAGCGUGUGGCGACCACCAGUUCGGACGGAACGAGACCUGCCGCAAAUGUGGCUCUCCGAAGCCGGUUUUGUCAAGCAAUAACCAGGCGAUGAAGCCUGGUGAUUGGCUUUGCCCUGCCUGUGGGGACUUGCAGUUUGCGAGGAAUGAGGCUUGCAGGAAGUGUGGAGCAUCAAAGCCAGACGAAAAUGCACGCUCCCGAAGCCCUGUUCGUCGAUACUAG